CUGGGAAAUGAAGUCUAACCCUUCCUGUUUGCAUUGCAGAGAGGAUGCCUGGCUGCAGAGAUGACUACGAAUCCCAAUAUGCUGCGUUGCUUCUCUGAGCAUGGGCACUGCCACACUCCUUUCUGCUUCCUGCCAGGGGAUGGGAAAUAUAAAAGGUGAGGCAUCACUUUUUUAAAAAAUUGGAUGCUGCUGCCACUGCUGUGACAAGCUGCACUGGAGAGUGGAGGAAGCACACACAGUGAGUUUGGCUUGUCGGAGAUAGAAGAUGGCAGAGGCUGAAAGCACAGUUAUAAACACCAAUGUGAAACAGAAAGACCCAAAUGAGGCGCUGGUCAUCGCCGUGACAACCAGGGCCAUCUUCAACCUGGAGGAGGAACAUCAGCUGUUCCUGACAAAGGGCAAAGAAGAGUAUGUGAAGUAUCAGCAACUCAAUGAGGAUAAGCCCUUGGAGCAAGGUACAGCCUUCGCUUUCAUUCAGGCCGUGCAGUUUGUGAAUGAGAAACUCCUGGAGAGAAACCCAGAGGAGAAGGGCCUCUUUGAUGUCAUCAUCCUCUCCAACAACAGUCCAGAGAGUGGCAUGCGCAUCGUCAACAGUGCUAAGCAACAUGGUUUGGAGAUUUCCAAGUUUUGCUUUGUCAGCGAUGAAGAUUCCACCCAGUACUUGAAAUCCCAUAAUGUCAAGCUCUUCCUCUCAGCCGACAGGAUGGACGUGUGCAAUGCACUCCAGCGAGGAGUGUCAGCGGCUCUCAUCUUCCAGCAGGAGGUGCAGACCCCCAGCACCCAACUGCGAGUGGUGUUUGAUGGGGAUGCCGUGCUCUUCUCAGAUGAGACAGACCGGGUUUUUCGAGAGAAGGGGCUGUCAGGGGCUCUGGAGUAUGAGAGGGCAAUGGAAGCCGUGCCCAUGGGAGAGGGUCCACUGAAGGCAUUUGCUAUGCAUCUUGGGAAGAUGCGCAAGAAGUUCAGCCAGGAGAAUUCCCCUAUUCGCACCUACUUGGUGACUGCCCGCAGCGGCCGGGAUAUGGGCAUCCGUGCUAUCAAGACCCUCCGCGAAUGGGGGCUGGCGAUUGACGAGGCCUUCUUCAUGGACGGGGCUCCCAAGGGCCCUCUCCUCUCCCAGAUCCAACCCCACAUCUUCUUUGACGAUGGCCUUCAUAACAUCCAGGGGGCUCAAGAUAUUGGCAUACCCUCUGCCUUGGUCCCCUGUAACUGCUGAUGGGCAGGGAUGAAGGGGCAAAGGUCCUCCAAAGAUCAAGCCUCCCAAAUGCAAUUGGAGAACACAAGGACAAAGCUUCUGCCAGAAGGGAUAAGGGAGGAUUUCUAAACCUAUGCUAAGCAAGCUCAGGGGAGAGGGAGAGAAGAUGCUGUGUGCUGAUGUGGUGCUGGAUCUAUUACUCUUGGGUCCCUCUCUUAGUUCCAAAGACAGGGUCCAUCUGAUCCUGGGGAUGUGGCAACAGAAGGCCAAAAAUCCACAGGAAGGAAGGAUGCUUGAAAUGUAACUAUUACGCCCAUCUCUUGAUCUGCCUUAGCCGUCUCUUCAAUGACUGCAGCCCUGCCAGCCACUAGGGAUAAUGUGCUCCACCACUCAUGUCAUACAAGCACUGAAACCACAGCUCUAGUGACGAGACCAUGUGAGCUGAAGACAGCAUGUAACUGUCGUAAGAGGCAGGCAAUGUAAGCUCGGCCUGCACUCAGACGUGGGGGUUGGUCUUUGGAGUGUUGGGCCAGUACUGCUAUUCAAAUACCAAUAUGCCCUCUAAACGCUGCAUUUGUUGGGGGUUGUGCUUUUUCAAAGGAAACUAUUUUUUUUUAGUGUGUAUGUUUUAUAUAUAUAUGGGGCCAAAUCCUGAGGGGUGCUGAGCAGCUAGUGAGCACUUGCAGCUUCCACUGACUUCAGCAGGCAUUUCAGAUGCUCAGCAUCUCCCAGGAUUUGAGUGCCAGGGACCAGGGACUCUGUCUUCUCAUAGAUUCUAGUUUGUAGGUAUGCCUUACAUUGGGCCUGAUUCUGAUUUCCCAUUGGUGUAAAUCAGGAGUAACUCCACAGAAAUCAGUUGAAUUAUAUCAGGGUAAGUGAAAUCAGAAUCCGGUCCUUAAUAUCUAGUAGUUAAUUUAAUGUCAACCACUCUCUCUUUCACGUCUCUUUUCUGCUCAGUUCUCUCUUUUCCUGCCAGCCACGCAGCCUCUCUGCUGCUCUCUCCUCUAAAUGGCACAGAAAGAUCAAGUCACUGUCAGUUUAUAAUGCACAACACUGCAAAGCUGCUUUUCUUGCAGUAUCUCGAGUAUGUUUGUGCUGAGAAUAGGGUAAGAAUGGCAAGCCCUACGGUAUAUCUGGUCAUUCACACUUAGGAUCCAAGACAAAUCAUGUCCAACAUUAUUUUCCAGUAAUAAUUUUUUUAAGAACUAAGUCUGUGUUGGUUAUAGCUGUGCACAAAUAUGAUGCAAAGCCCUCAUAUAGACAUAAUAUACACAGGAUACUAGAGUUAUUUCCUGUGUGUGUGUGUGUGUGUGCGUGUGUGUAUUUACAUAUAUAGAGAUAUAAAUUAUGGGCCAGUUUCUCAGUUGGUGUAAAUCUGUGGUAGCUCCUUUGACUUGAGGAGCUAUGCCAACUUAGCUGAUAAUCUGGCCCUACAUGUAUGGUGCUGCAGUAAUGAUCUAGCACUCCAGUUCCUGUGUGCUCUUGCCAGCAGCAGUGCUUUGAUUUUAGUGCUUGGAUCUCAGCAAACUAUUCCAAAAGGGGCAGGAAGAUUCAAAAAUAACAGCAAAGUAUUGGGGUAGUAGGAGAGGGCUUAGCCGAGUGCCUUAUUCUAAGCACGCUGCAUUACACAUUCCUUGUUUCUUCUGGAGUAAGUGGCCAUUAGCUUUUGUUCUUGCUGGCUGUAACAGGUGCAGCUGGUUACACUGGGGCAUUGUUCUUGUGGUGCUGGUGUAUCUGAGGCCUGUCGUGAGUGGUUUUGGAUAUUUUGGGGUUUUUUACUGGGCAGUAAGCAGUAGGAUGGAGCCUAAUUUAUAUUUGCUAACCUGCAGUUUCUUUCCCAGGGCUGAAUUUCAGCCUUUUGUCUAUGCACACAUUCACCACCAGAGGCCACCAUGCUGCUCCUUACUGAAACAGGUUUCAGUUAGUCUGUAUCAGCAAAAACAAUGAGGAGUCCUUGUGGCACCUUAGUGACUAACAAAUUUAUUUGGGCAUAAGACUGACCGCACACUUGGUAAGGCAACUCCCAUCCUUUCAUGUAUCUUUACCUGCUCCUGUAUUUACCACUCCAUUCAUCUGAUUAAGUGGGUUCUAGUCCACGAAAGCUUAUGCCCAAAUAAAUUGUUAGUCUCUAAGGUGCCACAAUGUUGUUUUUACUGAAACAGGCAUGUUGGCCAAUUGAUCCCAUCCCUGCUGUGGCAUGCGUCCAGGUCACAAAAUCUGGGCAAACAGAACUUAGCUUUUUGCUUCAAGGGGGCUCUUACAAGCAGUGGGUGAAAAACAAUGUUUAAUUGACAAAAUAUGCCUUGAAAAGGCCCUUUAAAAAACAUUAGUGGAAUCUUCCUGUGAACCAGCCAACCAUCUCACUGCUCUGCAUUGCACAUAAAAGACCUAAAUUCCACUCCUGGAAUGGAAUGCUGGUCCCUUUAAAGGGGGCAAGGAAGGGUUCUAGUCCCCUCCCCCCUGAGUUUCAUAGGGGAGGUCUACUUACCCUAGCCCCAGGUGGCGCUCUUAACUGCAACAACUUGCAUGUGAUAUGUGAUGAGUUUGGAAGCUGGGAGUAGCACAGCCUUUCGGCUGGGAGUUUGUUUAUAAACAGAGGCAGGGUGAUUAAGAUAGCAAAAGGCUUAUCAUUAAAGUAAAUUAAGGAUUCUUAGAUGAACCUGAAAAUACUGCCAGGCACUUCAGUUAAAAGAUAGGAAACAAAGGGUAGGAAUAAAAGGUGAGAAUGGAGAGAGGUACAUAUUCAACAUAUUCAUAAGUGAUCUGGAAAACAGGAUAUGCAGUCAGGUGGUAAAAUUUGCAGAUGA